CACAACAGUCACAAAAUCAAACCUCAAGGGUCGCCGCAGCGGGCGCAGCAGUUGCAUCUUCACCGCAUCGGCUGGAUGGAAACGAGGGUAUUGAGAUGGAGAGGAUCCAUCAUCAAGAACUGGGCCUGGGUUUACCAGGAGAGACACCCUCGCCACCCACCUCCAGCUCAAGGCAAGCUUGGAGCAGGGACAACCCGGGAUUCGAACCCGAGGAAGAGAUGAUGGAGGCGGACUGGCCUCCGGCGAGUCCUGGACGGAGGGCUGUGUCCACGGCUUCGAGUAGCAGCGGCAGCAGCGGAUUAGGAAGUUUUGCUGGAGGUAGCAGCACGCGGAUCCACAGAGGACUAUACCCGACCCCAACCGUGGACAUACUUCACCAAGAGAGAAACGAACAUCGCAGCUGUGGAAAGAAGAUACUUGAGAAAAUUAGAGUUUUGUGGGGUACGCGACUUUUGGAGGAGAACGACAGCAGCAGAGAGAGAUACCUGAAGAAUGUCCUUCGAGAGAUGAUAACAUACGUCGUAUUCCUGAUCACCUUAUCGAUUUUAACCUAUGGGAUGGUAAGCACAAACAUGUAUUACUACACCAAAGUCAUGUCUCAACUUUUCCUGGACACGCCAUUGGCUAGUGGAGAUCCAACCACCUUCAAAAGCCUCUCUACCAUGGAAGAGUUUUGGAGAUUCACAGAGGGCCCAUUUCUUAACGGGAUGUACUGGGAGGUCUGGUACAACAACAAGAGUUUGCCGGAAAACCAGAGUCUCAUUUACUACGAAAACCUUUUGCUGGGGGUCCCGCGUCUUCGCCAGGUCAGAGUACGAAAUGAAUCCUGCACCGUCCACGAGGACCUGAGGGAUGAGGUUUAUGACUGCUACGGCAUUUACUCCCCAGCCAAUGAGGAUAAAGCGUCUUUUGGCCUGAAGAACGGAACGGCAUGGGUGUUUUCUGAGGACAGUGACCUUGGCGAAAGCAGUUACUGGGGUGAGGUGGCCACAUACAGGGGCGGGGGCUACUAUCAGGACCUCUCCCGCAGCCGAGAGGAGUCGGCCAAUCAGCUACGAGAACUGAAAGACAACCUCUGGUUAGACCGGGGCACCAGAGCGUUGUUUCUGGACUUUUCCGUUUACAAUGGCAACAUCAACCUUUUCUGCGUCGCCAGGCUUGUAGUGGAGUUUCCAGCCACUGGGGGCAUUGUAACAUCCUGGCAGUUCCAGACGGUACGACUCCUGCGGUACGUGUCCAGCUGGGACUACUUUGUCGGGGUGUGUGAGGUGGCCUUUUGCAUGUUUGUGCUCUAUUACACGGUGGAGGAGGUUCUGGAGAUCCGCCUGCAUCGGCUGCGAUACUUCAAGAGCAUGUGGAACUGCCUGGACAUCCUCAUCGUCGCACUCAGCGUCCCGGCAAUCAUUCUGCAAAUCUGUCGGACUUCAGCGGUCAGUAACAAGAUGAAACAUCUGCUGGAAAACCACAGCGAAUACCCAAACUUUCAGCCCCUCGCUCACCUCCAAGUUCAGUUCAACAACCUGGCUGCGCUGAUUGUCUUUCUCUCCUGGGUGAAGCUAUUUAAAUUCAUCAACUUCAACAAAACCAUGAGUCAGCUGUCCAGCACCAUGUCCCGUUGUGCUAAAGAUCUCACCGGCUUUGCCAUCAUGUUCUUCAUCAUCUUCCUGGCCUACGCUCAGCUGGCGUACCUGGUCUUUGGCACACAAGUUAAUGACUUCAGCACCUUCCAGGCCUGCAUUUUCACACAGUUCCGGAUCAUUCUGGGCGAUUUUGACUUUUCGGAGAUUGAGGAGACCAAUAAGAUUCUGGGGCCCAUUUACUUCACUACCUUUGUCUUCUUCAUCUUCAUCAUUCUGCUGAACAUGUUUUUGGCCAUCAUUAAUGACACCUACUCUGAGGUGAAGGCAGAUAUGUCACAGCAGAGAUCCGAGAUGGAGAUUUCAGACCUCAUUAAAAAGAGUUAUAACAAAGCCCUGGUGAAACUGCGUCUGAGGAAGACUACGGUGGAUGACAUCUCAGACAGCCUUCGUCAGGCUGGGGGGAAGCUGAACUUCGAUGAGCUCAGACAGGACCUGCGAGGAAAGGGGCACUCGGAUGCCGAGAUCGAAGCGAUCUUUGCAAAGUAUGACCUGGAUGGAGACCAGGAGCUGACGGAACAUGAGCACCAGCAGAUGAGAGACGACCUGGAGAAAGAGAGAGAGGACUUGGAUCUGGAGCGCAGUUCGCUGCCCAGGCCGCUGAGUGGGCGGAGCUUCUCCCGUAGCCAGGAUGACUCUGAGGAAGACGAUGAUGAAGACAGCGGGCACAGCUCCCGUCGCCGUGGCAGCAGCUCUGGGGGCGUGUCCUAUGAGGAGUUUCAGGUGCUGGUGCGUCGGGUGGACCGGAUGGAGCACUCCAUCGGCAGUAUCGUGUCCAAGAUUGAUGCUGUCAUUGUGAAGCUGGAGGCCAUGGAGAGAGCCAAGGUCAAGAGGAGAGAUGUACUGGCCAGACUGCUGGACGGAGUUAUGGAGGAUGAGAGGAUGGGGCGGGACCCAGAGGUUCACAGGGAACAGAUGGAGAGGCUGGUGCGAGAGGAGCUGGAGCGCUGGGAAUCAGACGACACCAUCUCCCAGGUCAGCCACCAGCAGAGUGCUCCUAUUGGCCCAGGAGCUCAGCCACGCCCACGCAGCUCCCGCCCUUCCUCAUCUCUGUCCACGGAGGGUGUGGACACAGGGAGCAACGUGGGCGGGCACAUUUGAGACCCCUCCCAUUGUCAAAAGUGGAAGAGGUCUAAAUGGUUGUUGAUAGUGUUGUUUCCAGCCUGAUUGAAUUUAGGGUUAUUUUACUAUUCGCUACAGUGAAGGAGAGGGUCUUAAAUGAAGAGAGUUGUGUCCAAACCAGUUACGCUCAGCACAGAUAUUAUCUCCAGUCAAAACGACAUCGAACAUGAAGUCUAAGGCACUAUUUUUCACUCACUUUGGUACGCGAGUAUUACCAGUUUAAUAAUGCAAUAUGUAUUAUAAUGAUUCUUUUAUAGACUCUCAUACGAAACUCUGGGCUGAACUUCAAACUCGUGACAUUUCUGCGUUAGCUAUGUCAGUUGUGUUAUUUUAUUUUUUAAUCAUACACACCUUAAGGCUGAAGUCGGUGUUUAUCGUCGUCUGAACCGGCAGGUUUCGUUUUGAUUGAGCUUAAUCCUCACGUUUGCUGACAGAUUAUUAAUCUCAAGCGUGUAAACACACAUCGCAAUGCCAGUGUACCCUGCAGUAUUAACUCACCUCUGUAAGACUGUUUGUCGAAUCCUUCCACACAUCACUAACAGAAUUAAUGAAGGGUUUUUGUUUGUUUGUUUGUUUGUUUGUUUGUCUGUUUGUUUGUUUUUAAUUACUGUUGAGGAAAGCUGCCCUGCUUCCUCCCCUGAGGCACUGACAGACAAAACGUCAGUACAAGCCAAGUGCCUUAGUGUGAAGGGUA